GGUCGAGGGGGAGCUAGAGAGAGAGAGGAGUUUAAACUAAGAGCUAUGUUUUGGGACGGAGUAAUCUGCUAGAGAGCAGUGUGUGGAUCGGAGCGCAUUGUGAGAGUGAGUGUGCGGGGGACUGAUAAGGAAAGAAGCCCGCCAGACCGGCUGCUUGUUUUAAUGUUCUGACUCUGGGGAGAUAAAAAAAAAAAUAUUGACUCUUCAGUUGUGUGCCGUGAGCCAGGGCACAAGCUGCACAUUUAACAGAGGUGCACCAAAAACAGGGCGUGAAAGCGGACAAAACACAUCCAAGCAAAACAGUCCAUUUAGAGGAUUUUUUCCCUCCCUUUCUCCUUUUUUUUAAAUCUGUUUCCUUUUUCUUUCGCUGGGACCGUUCCCCGUUUCCGGUAGAGACAGUGAAAAAGGAAGGGAGACUUCCACUGACGGACAGCCACUAAAGCAAGUACACAGAGGCGAGAGGACAAAAAAGAAACAGUCGCUGAUAACCAAGAUGUUCGAAAUCAGCCGAACCCUGAACGCCGCCUUGUUGAGCAAUGAGCAGUAUCUGAAGAUGAUGGUAAGGUACUCCCAGUACUCGGCACUAGCCCAGGCUGAAGGCUCCGUCCCAGGCAUGGGCUCCCUGCUUUUACCCCACGAUCCAUCCAGCCAGCCGGGGGCCAGGUCACUGGGGGGAUCGACAGAGACUCAGUGGCGUCAGGCAGACUUGCCGCAGCUCCAGGGCUGGGCUGACAAGGGACUGCUGACACAGCCAAAGAUGAUAAUCAGUAACAUGGAGCCUCAGGUGACGAAUGGGCCGAAUCCGGCCACAGCCAACGGGCCAUCGAGCAACAACCGCAGUUGCCCGUCGCCCAUGCAGACCAGCAGCUCCAACGACGACAGCAAGACCAACCUCAUCGUCAACUACCUGCCCCAGAACAUGACCCAGGAGGAGUUCCGCAGCCUUUUCGGCAGCAUUGGCGAAAUUGAGUCCUGCAAGCUGGUCCGCGACAAAAUCACAGGACAGAGUCUUGGAUAUGGUUUUGUCAACUACAUUGACCCAAAGGAUGCAGAGAAAGCCAUCAACACAUUAAAUGGACUCAGACUUCAGACCAAAACUAUCAAGGUGUCAUAUGCACGGCCCAGCUCAGCCUCUAUCCGUGAUGCUAACCUGUACGUGAGUGGGCUGCCUAAGACCAUGACCCAGAAAGAGCUGGAGCAACUUUUCUCCCAGUAUGGACGAAUUAUCACCUCCCGUAUCCUCGUCGACCAGGUCACAGGUGGUUCGCGUGGCGUAGGCUUCAUUCGCUUUGAUAAGAGAAUAGAGGCUGAGGAGGCCAUCAAGGGCCUGAAUGGACAGAAGCCCUCCGGAGCAGCUGAGCCCAUCACAGUGAAAUUUGCCAACAACCCGAGCCAAAAGACAAGCCAGGCCCUGCUCUCGCAGCUCUACCAGUCCCCCAACCGCCGCUAUCCUGGGCCCCUGCACCACCAAGCCCAGAGGUUCAGGUUCUCUCCCAUCACCAUAGACAGCAUGACCAGUCUAGUAGGGAUGAACAUUCCCGGGCACACCGGCACUGGCUGGUGCAUCUUCGUCUACAACCUGUCUCCAGACUCAGACGAAAGUGUGCUGUGGCAGCUGUUUGGGCCGUUCGGUGCCGUCAACAAUGUCAAGGUGAUCCGAGACUUCAACACCAACAAGUGCAAAGGAUUCGGCUUCGUCACCAUGACGAACUACGACGAGGCGGCUAUGGCUAUCGCAAGUCUGAACGGGUACCGGCUGGGCGACCGCGUGCUGCAGGUCUCCUUCAAGACCAACAAGACCCACAAGUCCUGAGCUCCCUCCCCACUGUCGUGUAGCCCCGUCAAACACACCACUACUAACACCCACCUCAGCCCACACAGCUAGUCUACAACAGACAGGAACACAACCAAUCCACCAACUAAACAGGACUGGAUAUGGCUUAUAAUAUAACUUUGGACCUAUAAGCCAAUGUUGCCUAAGUAUUACGAAAUUGAAAAUGGAAAAUAUUAAUGAUUUGGAAGACCUGUAAAUGGUACAGGCAUUCUGUUGUAUAUCCUUUCGGUUCUAGUGGUUGUUCCUUUGAUUUCUCCUCUCUGUAAACAGUAGCAAAACCAGACCGCCCUUAUUUGAAAGAAGAGAAUGCCUUUCUUCUGAUUGUACUCUCUUGAUUCAGGUUUUCCUUUUGUUCUCUUUUAAAUCCGGAUCCACUGUCGUUAGUAUAACACCUCCCUGGGAAGAGACUGGGAGGGGGCUCUUUUUAACAAAUCGGUGAUCAUUCAUUCAUUUGUUUUGGUGUAUAUUAUUAAAUCCCCCAAGUAAAUUAACAGGGAUGACACCAUCCCUUUUCUCUAACGGAAAAGAAAUUUCUAACAUUGUUUUGUUUUGUACUGCAAACAGAACACGUCUUUCCUCACGAGGGAUUGGGAGAUAGGGAGAGGGAAGGGAUGGGUUUGCACUCCUGUUGACAAAAACAACACACACACACACACUGUUGCCAAAGAGAAGAUCUCUUUGCUUGAAAAUGUGUUUAGAAAAAAAAAUUUAAAAAUAAAGAGAAAGAAGAUCUAUUUUUAUAAAUAAUGAUUAAAAUAAUAAUUAUUGAAGAAUUUUUACAAGAAUCUGGAUUUGAAAAAAAGAGAAAAAUAUUUUGACUGGCUAAUUAGGGGUUGGGGGAGGGGUCAGGUGCCACCUUGUCUUGUUCGUUCUGCCGUGGUACUUUUUAGGAUCAAAGGUUGUUUGUUUUUCGGGGAGAACCAGAUUGGCAAUGGUUUUGUAGACGGAUGGUUUUAUCAAGGAUUGCAAAUUCAGGCAGGUAAUUUUUCAUAGCACGUAAUUGUUCAACAGCGAUCCCCUGUAGGCGAGGGAUAGGGUCUUCCCAGGCCUGAGGCAUCCUCACAGUCAAGAGCCCAAAGUAAGGCCACACAUUGUCCACUCAUUUUCUUUCCAUCAUCAGUCUUUGGGAUAUCAGUAAUACAUGCACACACUUCUCCAUUUAGAAAACAUACAUUCUUAUGGUUCUUUUUGCUCUGAGUUCGAAAUAUUGCAUUCGAGACGUAAUUCCUUUAGCGAUCAACUGUAGGUGCUAUAUUACAUGGGUCACAUAUCUUAAAUAUCCAAGUUUGUUGUUCUGUGUGCUAUUUAGAGAACAAAAAAGAAACUUCAAUGUUGGCAUUAAAUUGAGCUGCUGUUUUCGGUUUGUUUACUUCAAUUGCUGGCCCCCAUCUGGUUCACAACACUGAUGCCAGAUGAGCAAAUCUGGGCCUUGUAAGAAUCACUUAACAAGUUUUCUUUGGCUUGCUGACAUAUAGGUUACUUGCUGAGUGUACAGCGUUUGUCAAAAUUAAAUGAUAAUUAGCUAGUUUUGUUAGUCUAGUAUUUGUUUCCUCAAAGGAUCUAUUACAAAUGUGUCUUUCUUUGUUGUGUACAAAUAGAUGAUAUAUAGUCUACAUUUGUUUUACAAUAUCUAUAUCUAUCUGAGUUGUCACUGUUUUUUGUUUGAGCUUGUCUUUUUUCAUAUGAAAACUUUAUGAAGUGAUGGUUCAGUUACUUAGAAAACUCGUGAGGAAUCCUGUUUAAUAUGUUGUCAUGUCGCUUGUGGAAAAAAAAGAAAAAUUGGACUCAUUUUUUUUCGUUUACCGCCGCGGCAAAAGAAACCUAAAAAAAAAUAGCUUCUUGGAAAUAUGUAUUUAUUUAUUGAUUGAUUGUUUUAUUGAUUACAUUAUUUAUUUAUCUUGAUUAUUUAUUUAUUUAUUUGUUUGUUGUUAUGUUGUCUGUGUUUUUGUGUGAUUCUGGUACAGGGAGGGGGUGUUUCUGAGCUAAAGGGAACAAACGACUAGGGGAGAUGCUCUUCCAUUAGUCCUGUGCACUGAGAAAUUUUAGUACGUUUGUGCUUUGUACCAAUAUAUCAAAAUUACAAUAUAAAAAAGUUUAAAAGUCAAAAACUAAAAAAAUGUCAAGAGGGUGAGGCUCUUCCCUUAUUACUAGAAACAGUUACUCGCUAUGCAUAACCUAGUCAAUAGUUAAAUUUGCUAUUGCUUUUUUCUUGUCUUGUUAAACAUAAAUCUUUAAAUCUUUUUCAAUAAAGUUUAGUCUUAAUAGAAUGUUAUAACAGUUGUUCUGGUUCAAUAUAACCUGUGAUAAGUUUGUGUAGUUUUAAAAGCCGCUUCCCGCCCUCCCUCCACACACUACCGUUGCUUUGUGAUCCAACUUUAUGCAAAAAUGUGGGUCUUAAACAUAGUUUCUCAUGGAUUUGUAUGGCAUCCAAUGUUUUAGGCUUAGCCGCCUUGAUUUGAUUAAUUAUAUGGUAUGUCAGUUGUUUGAGUAUUAUUCAUUGCAUUGGACCAAUCAGUGGAGAUUAAUGUAAUUUAACCUUGAUUUAAACUAAUUCCACCAUUUGCAUAUGACAUCACAACUCCAAAAAAAAAAAAAAAACAUUGACGCUGAUUGUACUGGUUGAAGUGAAAUAGCUAUAAGAAGAUGAUAUUUGAUAGAUGACACCCAUUAUAUAUUUUCUAAGAUAUAGUCUAUUUUGAGAGGUAAAUUUAGUGAACGGCUCUUUGAGAGUGCAGCAUCAGCUCAUGUUGAGAUAGAACUUCUUUGAAUGUUAGAGAACUUUAGCUAUUUAGAAGCAUUCGUACACAAUUUAUCAUUCAUCCAUUUGUUCAGAAAUCAAUCCAUCCUCUGCUCCAUGUGCUGAGCGGUAGCACAGACCUCCUCAGACCCCACCGCAGGUGGGAGGUUAAAUUAUGCAACGACCCCGGUAGAAUGUUGUUCUGAUGUAUGAACUAAUUUCCUACGUCACUUCCUCCUCUUUGCUCAUGGCAUCACCCUCCAUUAGUCUGUGUAUAACUGGGAUCGAGUGAGUGAGUGUGUGUGUGUAUGUGUGUGUGUGAGUGUGUGUGUGUGUGUGUGCGUGUAUACACGUAUGUAUGUGGGGUGGGGGGGGUGAGGAUGUUUGGAACAUGGGGCCAUGCCUCUGUGGUAUGUGCCCAAAUCGCUGUGGCUCACUUUCUCCCCCCGUAGCGCCUUAUAGUGGCAGCCUGCCAAUAGGAAACCAACAGCCAGUAGUGUAGGAGGGAAGGCCAAGUGAGGAACAAGGCUCUUGUCAUUUUUCAUUUUCUCCUGAAGAUGUGUUUGUUUACUAUCUGAGAAUCUAUAAAUCUUUAAAGACAAAAAAGAUUAAAAAAAAUGUUCACUGGACCAAGCUGGUCUCUCCUAUUUAUGUUAUUACUUAACUAUCAAUUAUUGAUUAUUGUUAUUAUGAUUACUAUUAUUCUUAUUAUUCUUAUUAUUAAUCAAAUUACUGCGAUGAAUGACUUCAUGUUAUCCUUGCUAGUUUAGGUCAUUUCUGAAACUGGAAAACAAAAUAUGGAAAAAAAAAUCUUGCUGUAAAUGUUUUUUUCUUUUUCAUAAACUGUUGUGUUUGAAUUAUUUGUACUUUUGAAUGUUGGGACAAUAAAAUGAGGUGUUGAAA